AUGGGGAGGCUCAGAAUUGCAAAUACUUUAGAUUGGGAAGUGGCUGUGGUUUAUGCUGACAAAGAAAGGUAUACAAGGAAGGGAUUUUGGGAAGAUAUUUCUAAAUUCCAUGCUUUGGAUUCUCCUUUGUUGGUGGGGGGAGACUUCAAUUGUAUAUUGGCAAAGGAGGAAAAAAAGGGCGGUAGAGCAUUUCAUUUUUCCCCAGCAGCUAGUGAUAUGGCUGAAUUUAUGUUCAAAAAUGACUUGAUUGAUCCUGGUUUUGUUGGUCCUUCUCAUACUUGGACUAAUAACAAAGAUGCUAUAAGGACUGAGGUUUUACAUCUCACCAGACUUGCAUCAGAUCAUUGUCCCAUUAUUUGUUGUAUCAUGGAGGAAGUGAAGAGGAGCUAUUCUCAUUGGAUAAAGUUUGAAGAUAUAUGGGCUAGUUACCCUAUGGCAUGGCAGAUAGUUUGGGAGAAAUGGAAGAUUGAGGAUUUGGGUAAUGAGUCUGUUAAACUUCAAAAGAAAUGCCAAAGGAUGCUGAAAGCAUUGUUCUUUUGGAGCAAAAAUAAACUGAAAAUGUUAAAUCAAUUGAAGGAGGAAUUGGAUAGGGAUAUCAAAGCUUUACAAGAAAUGGAAUGUUCAUCUGUUGGGUUGACUGAUAUUCAAACUGAAACGUUGAGAUACAAGGUACAGUUAUUAAAUAGUACUUUAGCUCGUAUAAUGACAUGGUGGAGGCAACGAGCUAAGGUGAAUUGGAUUGAGAAUGGGGACGAUCAAGGUGAGAUUUUGAAGGUUUUUCAGGAUUUCUUUCAGCUGAAAUGGCGUGGAGAUGCGGUUGUGGAAGAUGGGUGGCCUUCUCUUGCAAAUCAAAGAGAACAUCUAGAUUUGUUUGCUGGAAUUUUGGAUUGUAAGGUUACUAAAGAAGAAAUAUGGAAGGUAUUGAGUGCUUGCCUUGAAUUCUUUGAAUCUGGUACUAUGGAUCCACAGUGGAAGGAGACGGUUGUGGUGUUAUUGCCAAAGGUGAAUAAUGUAGAUCUGCCAUCCAAAUUCAUACCUAUUAGUCUAUGUCAAACAAUCUAUAAGAUUGUUGCAAAAGUACUUAUGAACGGGUUUAAAGGGAUUCUUCCAAGACUGAUCUCGGAAGAACAGGCUGCCUUUGUCCAAGGAUGCUCAAUUUCAAAUAAUUGUGCAUCUAUCCCCAAUGUGAAGAAGGUUUCGUCCAUUCUGGAGGACUAUUGUUCUUGGACUGGGCAAAAGGUCAAUCGAUGUAAAUCAGUUAUCCUGUUCAAUAAAUCGACACCCUCAUCUACAAGGUAUCGGCUGGCUAAAAUUAUUGGGUGUAGGAAGGUUGAUGAGAUGGAAUAUUUGGGUAUCAAGUUUUCCUUGAAAAGACUCAUUAAAAAAGAUUUUGCUCCAUUGCUGCAGCAGGCUCGUUCUAGAACUGUGGCUUGGGGAAUUAGACACCUAUCUAUGGAAGGUAGAGUCACUUUAAUAAACUCAGUAUUGAUUCCAUCUUCUACUUAUUUGGUGACUCGUACGAUGGUUCCAAGAUCUACUUUAAAUGAGGUGGAGAAAAUAUGUAGAAGCUUUCUUUGGGAUGCUGAUGCUAACCAUAAAGGUAUCCAUUAUGCUUCUUGGGAGAAUAUUGCUAGAACAAGGAAGAAGGGGGGACUUAUAUUUCAUGCUAAUGUUAAUUGGGUUGGACCCUUGAGAGCCAGAAUCACAUGGGAUUAUAUUAGUAAACCGACAUGUCUGCUGCAUAAAUGUUUGGAAAAGAAGUAUGGAAGGUGGCCUUGGGUGGAGGAAUUCAAAUGUGGUGACUCGGCUGUGUGGAAACUUAUUUGUCAUGGAGCUGCCAGUUGUUGUAUUAGGUGGAAGGUUUGUAAUAGGAGAAAUAUUGAUAUCUUAAAUCAUGUCUGGAUCUGGGACAGAUCAAUAUUGAGGUGGCCAACAUUCUGUGGUAUAUCAGCAAUUGAAGAUCUCAAUGUCUCAGAGCUUAUCACACUGGGUGGAGAAUGA